UGUACGCAGCAAGUAACCCGUUGAUAUCGACUCAAUGUAUGUACAUAGAGGAGGCGGUGGAUGUAACGUUAUGGCGUGGCAGAUGGCGCGGUGCCCAUUGUGCCCUGCUGCCACGGUGCUUGAUUGGCCUGCGCGCGUUGAUCCCAUGGACAAUUUAACGGCAGACGAGGGCGCGGUGGCAGCGGAUAAUUGGGCUGCCCCAUACGGAAGAGCGCCCCCAACCCCAAAGGAAGCCGUGGCUUUGGGAACAGCCCUUCCACCCAGCUGGGUGCUUUGCUUUUUUUUCGCCUUCUCGCGUCUUCCCAGCACUCCGGUGUGUCUGUUUGCGUGCGUGUGUGUGUGUGUGUGUUUGUGUUUUUGCCUGUGUCCAUACCUCACACUGCUUGCUGCCCGCCUGCCUGCCAGUCAGUCAGUCAGUCAGUCAGUCUGCUCGACGACGAGACAUGUCGCUGGCCAUUCCGCUCCCACCGCGCGACCACAGCCCGCCCUCGUCCAUCGAGCCUCCACCGAGCCCUGGUUCCAUCAUCGAGCCCGACGUACGUGAACCACCUUUGCUUCCGAGCCUGCCUGCCUGCCUGCCUGCCUGCACCAUGUCCCCGUAUACCAUAUACCCUCCUUUCGCGACGCGAUUCCAUGCUAUGCGAUCCCCAUCUUCUCCGCCUGUUCUCCAAUCUCACCGCUGACCUCGACUCGCUCCACUCUAGUCUGACCCCUCGGACGGCCUCGAAAGCUGCGGAACGUUCGUCGCCCUGCUCUCUCGUCUCCAUAUUCAUUGCGCUCACAACAAUUUGCAGUAGUACAAAAUCCGUCGAUCAGAGCAUCUUCAACUUUGUUCGCGAAAAUGGCAGGACAUAUCACCGUUACCAGGCCGGCUCAUAUCCCUUCCCCAACGACCAGUUCGAGAUAGAGCGCAUGGACCUACAGUAUGAGAUCCUAAAGGUCUUGUUCAAAGGCCGCAGCUUCUUCGCUCCUCUCAAGGAUCCCCGCAAAAUACUCGAUAUUGGCACCGGCACGGGGAAAUGGGCUAUAGAGAUGGACCUAUCGCCUAUACAGCCCGAAUGGGUGCCCAACAACGUGAAGUUCGUCAUCGAUGACGCAAACGAGGAAGAUUGGAUGCUGGACCCCAUGGAUUUCAUCCACACCAGACUCCUCAUAGGAUGUUUCGAGGACUUUCGUGAAGUGAUCAAAUCAUCGUACCGCCAUUUGAAACCGGGUGCUUGGAUGGAAUCUCAAGAGAUCAUGCCAACAGUGUAUUGCGACGACGGGACCAUGGCUGGCAGCUGGCCCUACGCCGAGUGGGUGCAGACACAAGAUCAAGCCGCCAUGAACCUCGGGAAACCUCUACGCAUCGCCAACAAGCUGAAGAGGUGGUACGAACAAGCUGGUUUUGUCGAUGUCCACGAAGAGGUAUUCAAGCUACCGCUCAAUUCAUGGCCCAAGGACCCCCAAUUCAAAAUGCUGGGCCGGUUCAACGAGACGUGCUACCUGGAUGGUUUGCAGGCCUGGAGCUUGCAGCUGUUCACCAGAGGACUGGAAUGGACAAAGGAUGAGAUCGAGGUGUACUUGGUCCAGGUUCGCAAAGCACUGUCGGAUCGCAGUGUGCAUGCCUACAACAAAAUUUAUGUCGUAUAUGGACGAAAGCCAAGAACGGGCGAGGUCGUCGUACCCAAAGAACCCACACGGCCCCCUCCAGCUCCUCCUACUUCGGAAGAAAUCAUCGAUCCGGAACCCCCGCCCGUCAUCGAACCUCCGACUCCUCCACCCACGGACGCUUCAUAG